UCGCUCACUCUCCUCUGGUUCUCCUCAUACUCAGACGGAGAUAAUAGGCUAUUAGAGGCAUGGGAUUAAUUUGUAGCCAAUUACCACUCACAGUGGAAUAUGAAUGCAUAAAUAAGCCUCGGCUUGUGUCUAAGUUUUGGCGAUGAUCAGAGCUGUGUAAAGGGGAGGGUAGCCAACUGGGCGCACGUGCGUGUGUGUGUGACAUAAACGACGGGGUGCCCUGAGGGGACGGUUCAAACCCAAUAAGGACCUGAGCAGGGGGACAUCAGCAUCACCAUCCAGAGACCGGCUGGAUCAACUUCUGACCAGAUUCAUCUUAAGCAGCAGACUGCAGUUAUGUUAUGUCUUUUCACCAGUAUGUGUCCUGUUGAAUAAAGAACGGCGAAAGAAAACAGAAGUCAGACAGCUGUGCUGCCCUCUGGAGAGCUAUGAACCUGGAUAAAGUGCAGGUUGGCGAAUCCAUCGUACCUGCCGCUGCCGGCGUGAUCGUGGCCGCUCCGCAGGACGGCAUGGAAGACAAGCGGCUCGCUGCCGGAGAAUUGCCAAUGUUUAACUGCGCCGGAGGGAGAGACGCUUUACCGGCGGAGAGUCGAGAAACCUCACCGAGACACGAGCCCGCGCUCGCGGGCGCGCCUCCUACCGUCCACAGGACAACCUCGUUCUCGGUUUUGGACAUUUUGGACCCCAAUAAAUUUACUAGUAAGAGGCAAACACCUAACAGGACAGGUUGUGAUUUCACGUUUGGUGCGGAAAACAGAAACGACGACUCAAAUCACACGAUCGACCACAACUCUUAUCAAGAGGACUACGAGAGUAAAAAAACAUCAGGGAUUUUAAAAGACGGAUUUGUGUUCCGGUCAGAUGAAUGUGAAACUGAUUUUACCCGAGGGAAUCAGUCGGACAGCGAGCUGCAGGAGGAUCUGUGCAGUGAGGAGAGCAGCGCCCUGAAUGGAAACAACGACGCCGAGUUUGGGCAACAUGAGGACGACGACUCACUAAAUAAAAGUCCAGAUGGACAGCAGACUCAACAGUCCUCAUCAAAUGGACAGAAUCACUCGGUCAAACCCAAACGUAAGCGCUCCGGUUCAGACUCAAAGUCUGGCAAACCCAGAAGGGCCCGGACUGCGUUCACGUAUGAGCAGCUGGUGGCUCUGGAGAACAAAUUUAAGUCGACGCGAUACCUGUCCGUGUGCGAACGCCUCAACCUGGCACUGUCUUUAAGCUUGACAGAGACUCAGGUGAAAAUUUGGUUUCAGAACCGCCGGACCAAGUGGAAGAAACAGAACCCGGGAGCGGACACGAGCGCACCGACCAGCGGGAGCGGAGGAGGACCGAACGGACCGAGCAACGGACUGGGCAGCCUGAGUCCUCUGAGCCCAUCUCCACCUAUGAGCGGCCAUCUGUCCAUGCACACCAGCUAUCCGGGUCACACGCCAGGAGGACUCGUCUGCACCACUCAGUUACCCUUUCUGCCAGGUCACGCGGUACUGUCACCCUUCAUGCUCGGCUCUCAGACUUACGGAGCUCCCACAUUUUACGCGCCGCACUUAUAAGAAAUCAUCUUCAGGAGAUCUUGUCCUGGAUCGGAAGAAACAGAGUGUCCGUUCAAAUCCGGCACAGGAACAUUUUUAACUUGAAGCACUAUGCUGUCACACACUUGCAAAGACAUUUGAUAGGUUUGUCUUAAAAACUGAGAAGUAGCAACCAUUCUGCACUAUGUCAAGUCCAGAAUCAAGUUUAGGAAUCAUUUUCCUCAUAUCCGGCAAUACAUGCUAAUAAUUAGAUUUAAUUUCAAUAUGCUCCAUUUUGAUAAAAUGUGAAUAUUUCUCACGGUAAAACUGUAUAUAUUCAGUUAUUAUGAAAUGUGUUUAGACAUUAACUUCGAAUGCAAAUGUAGUAGGGAAUUAAAUGAUAUGAACUGAAACAAAGAAUGAGAUUGGACUAAAUCGUGUAAACAUAAGCCUAAUGAAGUUUUUUUUUUUUUUUUAAUUUAUCUUUUUCUGGGGGCCAUAAUAUUUAAUUUUGACGUUGCAUAGACUAUGCUAUUAUUUAAUUGUUUGUCUCACAAUUAAUUGGUUGAAAUAAAAUGACGGAUGACAAAGAACAGUUGUCAAACAUUUCGUUGCCAUAAGCCUGGCUUUGUGAACCAAAUUUAAAACCAAGUUUUACAUGAUCUUGCACUCUGUGUUAAUGCCUGAUUCGAAGUUGAAUUUUAUAAACUGAGAAACCGCUUUCUCUUUGACGAAAAGCUGGAAUUAAUCGUGGUCAAUUUCGUGCAAUGAAGCGCGAACAGGUAUUCUAUUGGUAAUCAUUUACUUUACAUUUCACGUCAUUUUUACCUAGCCUAUGUAAAAACUUUCCCCCUUUUGAAACCCUUGUGUGUAAUGACUUAGGCUGAAAUAGAUUAUUGUUGCUUUAAUUUACUUGAACAUUACUUAUUUAAUAUAUAAUUUAGAAAAUGCUAUCAUUUGACAUUUUUAAAUAUUUAAAAUAAGACAAUUAAUUUCCCUUUUAAAUCGACUUAUUGAUUUGAUAGUUGCUUAAAUAUCAAUAACGUUAAUGUCAGCUGAGGACUACUGAAGGCAGUUGAAAAAUAUGCUUUUAAAAUAUUUCGACUGCAAUUUAAACUUUUGUUCGUUCAAUGAUUUUUAAAUUUUAUUAUAUUUCCGUUUGCUAGUGAAAGUAGAGACUGUGAUGUUUAAGACGGGACUUGUUUCUGAAAUUUGCGUAUACAUUAAGUAUUAUUAAUAUUAAGUCAUAGUAAGGGGUCCAGCAUCUAAAGACAAUUUUUUGUAAUGCUGCUAAAAUUCGCAUGAUUUUCAGCCUUGCUGGUGCGAUUGUUAUUAAUGCAUGCUUUGUAGUUAUUUUGCUUAAUCUUUGACUGGCAUAAAAUAUUACAUUAAACCUAUAUUAUACAAGCAAACGUUUCUUUUACUCGAUAUUCAACGGGAAAAUAAUGUUAGCGAUUGUUUUGUGGAAAAAAGGGGGUUUGUGUUAAAUAUUUUAAACCAAUUGCUAAAUUCGUUUCCUGCAUGCCAGCAUAUGAUCUUGUUUCGUGGCCAGACAUAUAAUAUACAGUUAAAUGGGUGCACAAGCUACAUUUCACAUUUUCACAAUAUUAUAUUAAUUACGUAUUAUUUUUAUUUUUACAGUUAGAAUGCAUUAAAUACUUUAAAUAUUUUUUUAAAUCACAAUGUCUUUUUUCUCCAAUUUUGCAAGUGAAUAAAAUAUUUUCGUAAGGGGGAAAUUAUAGUUGUUAUAUUGCACACGCAUGAAAAGACAGACCAUGACGAUCUUUUUCAAUACAUGCUUAUUUUUGUUCGAUGAAAAUAUUAUUAGCCGUCCGUUUGUAUAUCAUCAUUUAGUUACACAUUUAUGUAGAUUUCUUUAAGAGUUUUUGAAGUUUGAUUUCCAAAGCAGAACAAAAAAUGCUAUGGCUGCUGCCAUAGCGUACUACCAGUGUGAGGAAUCCAAAGCGGAUCCAUAAAUAAAAGGGAGUAUUUUUUUGGAGUCAGACCUCACGAGUUAGACCAAUGUCAAUUCACACUAAUUCUGUAACAGAGAAAUCACUUUCCCAAGUAACAACUUUAGGUUGGUUGAAA